AAAGGCUGCCUGCCGACACUGGGGCCCAUACUUGGUCAUAGUAAAAGGGACAAAGGGCUAGUAUUUGUUUUCGGGCUGGCUCUUCCAUGACUUUGACGGUUAUUGUUUGCUUUUCAAUGGACCCCGGCUAUGGGCAACUGGGACUAUUGAUCACUGCUUUGGCUAUGGCAUUGUGUUGUGGCCACGAUGUGCUCGGAUUCCUGGAGUUUGUUGUGUUGGUCCGACAGACUACUAGUACUAAGCUAGGCAAUGUACCAGUGAUUUGUUGCCACAGUGACUUGCUUCAUCAGGUUCACCUUAUGUAGAACUAUCUACCUCUAGUCAGACAGAGAUGCGCACAAAGCGU